UUCUGGAACCCCCGUUCCAUGGUUUUUGCUCGCUCCUCUCCUGCGAUGGCGAUGGCGGCACCUGGAUCCGUGUGUUCUUCUUCCUCCCUGCUGGAUUUUGGAGCGCUGGAUGAUCCGUGCCACCGCCUGUGCAGCCAGUUCACGGGGACGAGGAUCCGCUGUGGUGUUGCACCCCGGAGCGCAAGGCUUGCCGCGGCGCAGAGGAAAAGAUUGGCCGCGGCCAGGGCGACGCUCCUCCAGCAGCAGCAGCAGAUCAUCCCGAUGUCGCCGCAGGAUGGAGGCAAGGAUUUCGUCACGGACACGAUGCCGGUCGUGCCUGCGAUCGACAAACCCGGAGGGAUGUGGACGAAACCGAGCUUCCAGCGCAAGACGAAGAUUGUUUGCACUAUCGGGCCAUCGACCAACACCCGUGAGAUGAUUUGGAAGCUCGCGGAGACUGGCAUGAACGUAGCACGGCUCAACAUGUCGCAUGGAGACCAUGCUUCUCACAAGAAGGUGAUCGAUCUCGUCAAGGAGUAUAACGCGCAAUCCGCUGAUAAUGUGAUCGCUAUCAUGCUGGAUACCAAGGGACCGGAAGUAAGGAGCGGAGAUCUUCCUCAACCAAUCAAGCUAGAAAAAGGAGAUGAGUUCUCGUUCACGAUCAAGCGUGGUGUUGGCACUGAGAAGUCCGUCAGUGUCAAUUACGAUGAUUUUGUGAACGAUGUCGAGGUUAAUGACACUCUUCUUGUUGACGGAGGAAUGAUGGCCUUCCUUGUGAAAUGGAAAACAAGUGAUACCGUGGGCUGUGAGGUUCUCGAUGGUGGCGAGCUCAACUCUCGACGUCACCUUAAUGUCAGAGGGAAGAGUGCUACCCUUCCUUCAAUAACGGAGAAGGAUUGGGAGGACAUCAAGUUUGGUGUGGAGAAUGAGGUAGACUACUAUGCUCUUUCUUUCGUUAAGGACGCGCAGGUAGUGCAUGAACUGAAGUCGUAUUUACAAAAGUCCUCGGCGGAUAUUCAUAUUAUUGUGAAGAUCGAAAGUGCUGAUUCGAUACCAAAUCUUCAAUCCAUUAUCGAUGCUAGUGACGGGGCUAUGGUUGCUAGAGGAGAUCUUGGUGCCGAGCUUCCUAUUGAAGACGUUCCCCUCCUUCAGGAUGAGAUUAUUACCAAGUGCCGAGAGAAAGGCAAGCCAGUUAUUGUGGCGACCAACAUGUUAGAGAGCAUGAUAAACCAUCCGACACCCACGCGGGCCGAGGUCUCGGACAUUGCUAUCGCUGUGCGGGAAGGUGCCGAUGGGAUAAUGCUCUCGGGAGAAACGGCUCACGGAAAGUAUCCCCUCAAAGCAGUGAGAGUGAUGCACACUGUGGCCUUGCGAACUGAGGCUACACUUUCCGAGGAGGAUUCACCUUGCACUCUUGGACGUGCUUUUAAGAAUCACAUGAGCGAAAUGUUUGCUUAUCACGCAACGAUGAUGGCAAACACGCUGGGAACAUCGAUCCUGGUCUUCACGAGGAGCGGUUUCAUGGCUGCCCUCUUGAGUCAUUACCGUCCCGUGGGGACUGUCUUUGCCUUCACAAACGAUAAGAAACUUCAAAGACGUCUGGCUUUGUACCAUGGUGUAAGGCCAAUCUUUAUGGAAUUCUCGGAUGAUGCCGAAGAAACAUUCUCUGGAGCCUUGGGCACUCUCCAAGUAAAGUUUCCAAAUCUCUUCAUUCUAGUCAUAGCAUGGAUUGAUCAUCUCUUUUCCAGAAUCGAAGCUUGAUCAAAGGUGGAGAACAGGUUGCUUUGGUCCAAAGUGGGAAGCAGCCAAUUUGGCGAUCGGAGUCAACACAUCACAUUCAAGUUCGCAAGGUCGCUUGAGAAAUACUACAAAAUUUUGGUCACCAAAUCGAGGAAAUAAUUUCUUUUUGUUUUUGAAAGCAAUAUCGUUUUGAAAGUGAUCGUUUUUCUCUACAUUAAUUUGAUCUAUUCUUUCUCUAAA